AUGAAUAUAAGCAGCUGCAUUAUGGACUCAACAACUUUGCAAUGCUCGCCGAAGUUAGCUAUUCCGGACCAUGAACUUAAUAUUUCCGGAUUAUUCUUUUUAAUUAUUCCAACCAUUACUGUUCUGGGUAAUUCUAUGGUAAUUAUUGCUGUACUACGCUUUAAAACUCUUCAUUCAGCUAUUAAUUUCCUAAUCUUUGGCUUGGCUGUUGCUGAUCUCCUAGUUGGACUUUUUGUCAUGCCCUAUGCCGUUUAUGUCCAUGUGCAAGGUGGUUAUUGGUUCCUCGGGUCGAUGAUGUGUGAUAUAUAUUCAGCAAUUGAUGUCGCCUGCAGUACUGCGUCCAUACUUAUUCUAACAGUCAUUAGUUUUGAUAGGUAUCGAGCUGUCACCCAUCCUAUAAGUUAUUCACACAAAUCUCAUGAUACAAAACGGGUUAUUUUUAUUAUGGCCGUCAUUUGGGUCAUUUCACUUACACUUGCUAGUCCAAUGGUACUUGGUGUGAAUAUCCGACCACCGGAUGUGGAUCCGUACGAAUGUCGUUUCUAUAAUCCAAUAUUUUCAAUAUCUUCAUCAAUUAUUAGUUUUGUCAUACCCUGUUUUAUUGUUUUAUUCGUUUAUAUUAGGAUAAUGAUUGCUUUGCGCCAAAGGCAAAAUUUAUCCAAAAAACAGCAUUGGUCAUAUUUACGGCCGUUAAAAAGGUUAAAUUCAACACUGGUUCAGAACUGCUUCCGAAAAAGACUUGGGCAUUGA